UGGAGUUGAUGAGCUCCUUGAGCUAAUUAUUAAUCUUCUGUCCCUCCCUGCUAUAUGGGAUUAGGCACACUCUUUAUAGUGGGCAGGUGAUAUAUAGAGCUUACUGCUGGAUGGUCUUAUCAUCAUCCUUCUUCUCCAUUAAGAAGCCCUCUCACCAUGAGGUUACUGGUGGUGUGGCUUGCACUGGGCUGCUGCCUUCCUGGGCGUGCAGAGAAUAUAUGGCAUAGGUUUGAAAGGCUGCCUUUCCCUAAAGACAACUUGUUUCUUUAUGACACCUUCCCUCAGGACUUUAUGUGGGCAGUUGGCACAGCUGCUUAUCAGGUGGAGGGUGGCUGGCAGCAGGAUGGCAGGGCACCCUCCAUCUGGGACACACAUUGCCACAAGGAUGGACGUGCCACAGGAGAUGUGGCUAGUGACAGCUACAACAACCUCUACAGGGACACAGAAGCUCUUCAGAUUUUGGGGGUCUCACACUACAGGUUCUCAAUUUCUUGGUCAAGGUUGUUUCCUAAUGGGACGGAUGCAGGUGCCAGCCAAGCAGGGUAUGCCUAUUACAGGGCGCUCAUCAACAGGUUGAAGGAGAUGGGCAUAAAACCUGUGGUUACCCUCUACCACUGGGACCUGCCUCAGAGGCUACAGGAUAUCUAUGGUGGAUGGAUCAAUGAGUCCAUGGUGGAAGUUUUUGAAGCCUAUGCUAAAGCUUGCUUUAAUCUGUUUGGAAAAGAUGUGAAGUAUUGGAUUACCAUUGACAAUCCUUAUGUGGUAGCUUGGCAUGGAUAUUCUACCGGCAGUUUACCCCCUGGCAUUAAAGGAGAGAAGUUACUUGGGUACAAAGCUGGACACAAUCUCAUAAAGGCUCAUGCUCGUGUAUGGCAUCUUUAUGACACCGAAUUCCGUCCCCAACAAAAAGGUCAAGUGUCUAUAGCGCUGGCAUCUCAUUGGAUAGACCCAAUCAAUAUGACGCAACACUGCAUCCAGGAAGCUAGGAAAUCCCUUGAUUUCGUCUUGGGGUGGUUUGCUAGGCCAAUAUUUAUAGAUGGGGAUUAUCCUCAAUCCAUGAAGCACAAUUUAUCUUCUCUCCUGCCUGAGUUUACUGAAGAAGAGAAAAAGUUCAAUAAAGGAACAGCAGACUUUUUUGCCCUUUCCUUUGGGCCCAUAUUGAGUUUUCAAAUGCUUGACCCGGAUAUGAAGUUCCGCCAAAUGGAGUCGUUAUCUCUGAGGAUGGUCCUCUACUGGAUCAGCAUGGAGUACAACCAGCCACCAAUAUUUAUUUUAGAGAACAGCUGGCUUAUUGCAGCCUUUACAAAGCGUGAAGAUGCAAAGUAUAUGUACUAUCUCAAGGCGUUUGUCAUGGAGACAUUAAAGGCAAUUAGAAUAGACGGUGUGAACGUCAUUGGAUAUACCGCCUGGUCUCUUAUGGAUGGCUUUGAGUGGCACAGAGAGUACAAAAUUAGACGUGGAUUAUUUUAUGUCGAUUUUGCAAGUCAAAACAAAAAGCUAAUGCCCAAAUCUUCAGCCUUAUUUUAUCAGCAGCUUAUUAAAAAGAAUGGAUUUCCACCAUUGCAAGAGAAUCAACCUGUCCAAGGAACAUUUCCAUGCAAUUUUGCUUGGGGAGUUACUGCAUGCACAAUACAGAUUGACACCAUACCAGCCCAGUUCAAUGACCCUAGUGUCUAUGUAUGGGACAUGAAUAAAACAAAGGGACUUACGAAGGUGGAUGGUCUGAAAAUGCCAAAAAGAAAAACCCAUUGUGCUGACUACGCCUCGAUAAGGCUUCAGAUAUCUAUGCUACGCUCAACACACAUUAACCAUUUUUACUUCUCACUGAAAUGGAGUUCUAUUGUUCCUCAUGGGAACAUUUCUCAGAUUAAUCACAGCAUUUUACACUAUUAUCAGUGUUUUGUCAGCGAGCUUGUUCGCGUUAACAUUACACCAGUAGUUGCCCUUUGGCAGCCUAUGGCCGAGCACCAAGGGAUGCCUUCAAAGUUCUACAAAAUGGGAGGAUGGGACAACAUACAUACUGUUGAUGCAUUUGUUGAAUACGCCAGGCUUUGUUUCAAAGAACUUGGAACGUUUGUGGCCAUUUGGAUAACUAUGCAUGAGCCACCAGUGAGAAACCUAACCUCAACAUCAGGACACAACCUUCUAAAGGCCCAUGCAUUAGCUUGGCAUCUGUAUGACAAGGAAUUCCGAAAGUCACAAAAAGGAAAGAUCUCCUUGGUUCUUCAUGCAGACUGGGUGGAACCUGCUUCUCCUUUUUCUCGAAAUGAUAACAACACAAGUGAGAGGGUUUUAGAAUUUGAGAUUGGCCGGCUAGCAGAUCCAAUAUUUCUCAGUGGAGAUUAUCCAAAAGUAAUGCGUGAAUGGUUAAGUCAAAGGAACAGUCAUGGGGUAUUUGACUUUCAUUUACCUCAUUUUACUGAAAAUGAAAAGCACUUGAUCAAAGGGACCUUUGAUUUUUUUGCCUUAACCCAUUAUACUACUGAACUUGUACACUGGGAGAUGGAAGAUACUGUGAGAUAUGAUUAUGGACUUGAAGUUCAAUUUAUCACCGAUAGUACAUUCCUACAUUCCCCUCACAAAUACGCUGUGGUUCCCUGGGGACUGCGAAAAAUAUUAAACUGGAUAAAAUCCAAGUAUGGCGAUAUCCCAAUUUAUGUCCUGGGAAAUGGAAUUGAUGAUGGCAAACUGGAGGAUAAACUAAGGGUCUAUUAUAUUCAGCAUUAUAUUAAUGAAGCUUUAAAAGCCAUCCAGAUAGAUGGAGUAGAUCUUCGUGGAUAUUUUGUUUAUUCCUUCACUGACAAGAUGGAUCCCCAGUUCGGUUUGUUUAAAUAUGUUGCCAAUAAAUACGAGGCUAAAGAUUCAAAGAAUAUAUACAGAAGAAUCAUUGAUAAUAAUGGAUUUCCAAGUGUGGAUGCUACUCCAGCCCCUUGCCCAGAGGAGACCUCUGAGUGCGUGGACUGUCAUAUGUUUCAGACUAGAAAAUAUCUGUUUGCCUUUGUGGCUUUCAUGUCUUUUGUAUUCAUUGUUUCUGUCUUUAUGAUCACUUAUUACUCAAAAAAGGGCAAAAGGAGAUAUAAGUAGAGGGGAAAAAACGAACAUUUCUGGUAGAAACAGGUUAGAUGAAGAAGGGCCUUGACAAUGGGCUGGCGGAAGGCUGGUGGAAUUGUCUCUCACGUGACAGUAGGAAAUCCUAUUGACAGAAUGCCCUACAAUUUCCAAAAUGAUUGGAAUAAUUUUGCAUAGUUAAGAAGGUGCUGAGAAUGCCACUAAUUGUAGAGCUGACUCACAAAACUGUAAAUUCAUAGAGUAAUAUAAAGAUCAUAAUAUCUACUAGGUGUGUGCUCUGUAGAGCUCUAUUUUUGAAUAUGCUUCCUGUUGGAAUCUUUACUAGGAAAUGUUCUGUAAUUAUAAAUUUCAUAUUUUACACUUUUAGCUCCAGUAUCAGAUACUCAGGAGAUUUUGACAAUGAACUGACCAUUAAUAGUUAUUACGCAGCAUUUUUAUUAACACAUAUGUUCAUGUGAAUCUCAUUGUAACACAUAGUAUUAAUAACUCCUGGCUCAGGGCAUUGGUUUGUAGACCAGUUGUGCCCACACAUUUGCUGGUUCUAGAUAGACCUUCAUUUAUUCUACUUUAUGAAGCUGUAGGAUAGACGUUUCUUUAUCUAGGUCUGGACAGAAUUAGUCCAGAUUGAAUCAAAUUGGUGAUAAGGAUCCUUAAAUUUUUAAGAUGAUGUAUUGAUUUCUAACCAAUACGUUUUCUCAUGAUUUUUUUGCUGCAAUGUCGUUAUUAGGUUUGUAGACCAGUUGUGCCCGCACAUUUGCUGGUUCUAGAUAGACCUUUAUUUAUUUUACUUCAUGAAGCUGUGGGAUAGAGGUUCUUUUUAUCUAGGUCUGGCCAGAACUACUCCAGAUUGAAUCAAAUUGGUGAUAAGGAUCCUUACAAGAUGAUGUUUUGAUUUCUAACCAAUAAGUUUUCUCAUGAUUUUUUUUUUUGCUGCAAUAUUGUCUUUAGGCUGACAUUCUUGGUGUUAUUUAAAGGGGUUGUCUAUAACUUUAAGAAAGGCUCCCCAAAAUUAAGCCGAUCACAGAGUCACAGAUAUCACCUGCAAGAGAACCUGAUUGCACUUGUUCAAUUCUCCUGCAGCGCACAGCAAUUUACAUGGUCUCCAUUGAAAUAAAUAGGCUGUUUGUGUAAUGCAUUGACACAUUGACAUGCUGGAUCAUCCUCCAAUUGAUAGAGGUUUCAAAUAAGGGAAUUCAUUCAGAACACCCAUUUUUGUAUUUGAAAAAUAUGUUUUCUAAACCAAACAACCCUUUUAAAGAACAAACUUCAUCGCCCUCUAUUAUUGAGUAAACUCUGUCAGGCAGCUGCUAUGGGUGCUCUGCAAGAAAGUGUAAGGGGGGAAGCUGAAGACUCAUUGCUCAUCAUUCUACAUAAGUAUACAGAUAUAUAUAUAUUCAUUCAUUUCAGGGUUGUAAUACAAAGUGCAAAUCUGGAUUCUGGCAAUGGACAGAUGCAUCAUCAUAUACCACCAUACACCACUGAAUUGUCACCUCAUGCUAGGACAGGCCAGGACUGGAUUUAUCUCAGGAACCUAUAGUCAUAAAAUGCUCUGCAGUAAAGUUCUAAUCAGUCCAUGUAAAUGUAACAGAGACAUGAAUGCAGGAUGGAACUGCAUCUAUGUUGGCUACUGGUAAUGAGCUAGCUCCUUCUGUGGUCAGAAAAAGUGUUCCCAUUCAUGUCACAUCUGAUCCACUAAGAUUAAUAUUGACUUUAGAUUGAAGUCAGUCAAAUGAUAGAAUCGACUGACAAUCUAAAUCUUUGAGGGUUGCCCAAUUAUUGCUAGAAGGAUUGGGCAUGUUGGAUUUCACCAUGUCGGAUCAUGGAAGAUAAACAGCUCCCAGAGGGGCCAGGCAACUGCUUCUCUCCCUUUCCCAACUGAAAUAAACAUGCACAUUUAGCCGAGCAUGCUUGUUUGCGGAGCAGACAGGAGAAAAUUAAACCAACACCUCCAAACAAUAUGUUAUAAAGUGCAGGUGCAUGCUACCAUGGCUAACAUGCAAAAGCAAACAAACAUGCAGCAGCACCGCCCUGCAUGCGCAAAGACUGGAAACGUGGACUACUCUGAAUGACAUUACCGCUAUACCUACUAUAUAUGAAAAUUAGAAGCUCUUUGAGCCCAUAGACAUCAAGUCCAAGGUCCUUUUCCUCCCAGGUCUUCAAAGAAGAAGAAAGAAGACGAGUUAGGCUUCGCGAACAAGUGGAAGAGGUGAGUUUAAUUUACUUAGCAUUCUG